GACACAGUGGUGGCUCUGCAGGCUUUGGCUCUCUACUCCACCCUGGUGUUCAGUCCAAGAGGUUCCAGCACGGUUGCUGUCCAGUCUCCCAGCAUGCAGCUGUUCUUUGACGUGAACCAGGACAACAAGCUGCUCUACCAGGAGCAGGUGCUGAUGGGCGGGGCCGGAAAGUACAGCCUGCAGGUGAAGGGAUCGGCGUGUGCUUCAGCGCAGAUUUCUCUUCACUACAACAUCCCAACUCCUAUUGAUGUCAGCACAUUGAUGGUGGACGUCCAACCAGAAGCUGACUGUGCCGGCGCCUCUAACAGACGCAGGCUUUCCCUGAAAUUCAAGAGCUUAUACAGUGGAGAGGAGGGCACUACAAACAUGGUGAUCCUGGAUAUCAAAAUGCUCUCUGGAUUUGUCCCAGACCCAGAGUCUUUGAAGAAGCUCAAACGUGCCGAGCUGGUGGAUCGUGUGGAAGAAAAGAAAGAUCAUGUUAUGGUUUACUUUAAGGAGUUGCAGAAAGACAUCCCCAUCAAUCAUGAAUUAAGGCUCAUACAGGAGCUCCCAGUGCAGAACCUGAAGCCAGCUGUGGUCAAGAUCUACGACUACUACCAGCCAAGUGACCAGGCUGAGACUCAGUACAUCUACCCUUGUGUUGCAGCCUGAACACUGAUGUUGUCUCGAUGCUCCCAGUAAGAUUCGAAAUAAACCUCCAUUUCAUUCCAA